GCCUGAAAACUUGUGGUCUAAGCUACUAACUGAGAACGUCGAUUCUCCAUGAAAGCUUAGGGGAAAGUCCCCGGACACUGAGCAGAAAUGCUCUGCGCAAAACGCAGAAGGCUAGCCGGCGGUGCGGAUAAACUGCCGAGACGUCCACACAAAGCGGACUGAGCAGAGCGCAGCCGGGUGCCUUGGUCACAGCUAGAGACAUGCAGGUAGGGAGUGAAACACCCCACCAGAACGGGGCUCAGUCUCAGGGUGUGCACAUUUUAAGAAGUGUUCUUUAACAAUCUGGAUAGAGUGAAAUCUCGCAGGAAACAGAUGUAAUAACUCGCCUACUUUUUAUCUCUUUCUCUUCUCGUUUCUGCAGAAGGUUUGUCUUAACUAAUAUUGAGUAACAGGUCUAAGCUUCUGUAGUUUCAAUAAAUUGGCUUUUGUCGAAAACGCAGUCCAGUAUAUUGGAGCCCCUUUCCCCUUUAGCUAUUUUCAGAAAACUAAGUUCAGGAAGUUGGAGUAAAGGAAGUGAGCCGGCGCUGGUAGCCCGAUAGACAGAGCAUUGCCCUGACUAUUAUGAGCAGCCAAUCCCAGCAUAGCAUUCGAGAUAUUAGCCAAUUGCAGUGCACGACUUCGAUUGCUCCUAGCCAAUCUCAACGCAGAAUAUGAGCCACUAUCCAAUCAGAGCGCUCGGAAGGCGGGACAAUGCUGAAAACGGGUGGGGUAAAAACAAGGCUGGCGCGCCAUUCACUGCUUUUACUUUGAAUGGCUGGUCAUGCGCAUGCGCAUCUAGAUCAAUUUUGUUUUAAGGUAGUUCAUGGCAGCCGGAGGCUGAAUUUACUCGCUUUAAAAAUCAGACCAUAUGCAUCAAAGCAACUUCGUACUUUUUCUACACUUAAUCAUAGCCUAGCUGCGUUUUGCAUGCAUUGUAAUCACGAUGUUAGGGCAUUUUGCAAACGUGGAAAAGGCACAGCUCGUCAGCUACGUGGAGGAUUAUUUGGAGUGUGUGGAGUCGCUUCCCCUGGACAUUCAAAGAAACGUAUCGUUGCUGAGAGAAAUCGACACCAAAUAUCAAGAAAUCCUACAGGAAGUGGAUGAUGUUUAUGAGAAGUAUAAGAAGGAGUCAGAUGGAGCUCAGAGGAAGCGUCUGCAGAUGCAGCUCCAGCGUGCGCUCAUCAGCAGCCAGGAGCUGGGUGAUGAGAAGAUCCAUGUGGUCACUCAGAUGAUGGAGUUGGUGGAGAACCGCUCGCGACAGAUGGAAGCCCACUCGCCCUGCUUCUUAGAGCCAGGAGACACCGAGCGAUCAGCUGAAAAGGUUCGUCACGAGACAGGAACUAGCUCUGCUAAUGUUGUGCCUGAGCGGUCGUCAUCCCGUCGGCCACGGCGACAUAGGAACAGCGAGAGCCGUGAUUCUUGCCUCGGAGCCAAUGGGGCGUUAGAGGACUUAUGUGAUGAACCAGCACAGCAGCCUCGUGAGAAGAAGUCUAAAUCAGCCAAGAAGAAGAAGCGGUCCAAAGCAAAGCAGGAGCGUGAGGCAUCGCCAGUGGAGUUUACCAUCGACCCCAAUGAGCCCACCUACUGCCUCUGCGAGCAGGUGUCCUACGGAGAAAUGAUCGGCUGUGACAAUGAGCAGUGCCCCAUUGAGUGGUUCCACUUCUCCUGCGUUGGACUCACCUACAAACCCAAGGGCAAGUGGUACUGUCCCAAGUGCAGGGGUGACAGUGAAAAGACUAUGGACAAAAGCACAGAGCGGCCCAAGAAGGACCGGAGGUCCAGGUAGUGCCUCAGAGCAGCAGAGUAGGAUUGUACCCGUUGAAAUAUUAUGCCUAUAAGAAUUAGCCUGGUACAGACAUAGGCUGCGAUUACAGUGUGCAUUGCAAUAUAUUAAAACACGUUAGGGAAUCAGUCAGUAAAACCUUAAUAAACCGCGCAAGCAAUUGGUGACACCUUGAUGUGACACGAAAUACAGUAAUCUGACCAAAAUUAUUUGUGCUUGUUGGGUUGUAAGAGCAUCUUGAUUCAUUAAUAUCCACAGGAUGUUCUGGGAUUUGGUUAGGAUGCUCACAGAACACACAGGUCUCUUUUGGAUACUAUAUCAGUAUCAUAAAGGCCAGUAUGGUGGUGAUUUUUAACUAACAAUAUAUUGUGCAGCCCCUUAUUACAAACCUUGCAGGCUUUCACUUGAUGGAUUCAGUCUCACAUUACGCUAGCAGGGAGCCAUUUGUGCAUACAGGCACAGCUUUUGUCAAUAUCAAGAACUUAGGACUUUGUUGUGAUUUUCAUUUAGACUUCCUUGCCUUGUAUUUGCACUUAUUUAUUGUCAACUGUCCCUUUAGCCAAAGGUACUGAACAAUAUAUAAAUGUGGCUGCUUAAAGGGCUCCCAGUUGAUCUGUCAGAGCUCUGCCCACAUUCUUUCUUGUGAGAUUCGACAGGUUUUAUAGAAGGUUGGAUAAAUCUGAAAGUCUAAUAAAUUUAGGUUGGAUUUUAGAUUCCAUACGUAACAUUGAGUUUUUCAAGUUGGAAGUGCUACACUGCUGAGCCGCACUACAUUGUUGUAGUUAAGUGAAACUAGGCAGACUGAACACGACAAUGACUUUGCCACCAUGCUGGUUAGUUAAAACUGCAUCUGAUUGUUCUUUACAGUGUGAUCUAUCACACUUUUGAAAUUAAUAAUGCACUCUAAAUUUACAUUUACCAGCGUUCCAUGAAGUCCAACCUAGCAACAGUUGUUAUGAAUGCACUUUGUGAGCAGAGCCUGGACAUGUCAAUUUGUGUAAAGCCAGAGUGAAUCUGUGGAGCAAAAACAAAGUGAAAGCUUGUGAGAUAUGGGUUUGUUUUUCCAGGCUUUAGAAGACUGGGCUUUGUGCAGGAUGGUGGACGAGCUUUUAGCUAAAUUACUGCUUCGAAGUUUCUCCUGAUUCCCUUAGCCCAAAUGUGAUUCACCCAGGUGCUGCUCUUGCUAAAGAAAGAAAGAAAUAAAGAAAAAUAAACCCAAACUUCAAGGUGAAUGAUGCUGAUGGCUCAUGCACCUUCAAAAGACUUGUGUUCAGAAUACUGCCAUCAAUGUUUGUAAGAUAUUGAAAAAAAUAUUUUUCAAACUUUAUUUUUUCAUUUUACUGUAUGUUGUGUUGCGAGAGAAGUUUAGACAUAAGAAGUCAUUGGACAUAGAAAAGAAAAUCAAAUCAAAAUACAGUGUUUCAUGAUUAUAUCUACAUUAUUUUUCCAAUUAAUUGCAUUUCACAUGUUAACACGAAUAAGGAAACGUAAUUUUCCCGAAUGUCUUCCAGUGAGAGAAUGAUUGUUUGGUUUAUUGUAUCUGGUGUAAUGUGUU